GCAGCCACAUGAUCUUUCACUGGUGAGUCAGUCAUGAGUCAAAUGGUCGCCAUCUAGCAGAGGACAUUUUUCACCCAGGACACGGAAAAGUACCAAGUAUUUUUUAAUGCGGAUCAUCUCGUGGAGGAUAAAUAACAUUGACUUAGGUAAGCUACGUUGUCUAGGUCUAACGUUAGCCAUCCGACCAUCUUCCGUUGGAUAAACAUUACCGAUUGAAUAACUAGGAUCAUUAUUAAUUAAAUUCGCGAACGAAAGUAGCUUAGAAGCUAACUAGCCACUUUCCAAACUAUUACAUUCAACCCAAACGUUGGGUAAAACAAGGUUAGUGAAAGGCACUUAAAUCGAGUUUGCUUGUUCAAUCCACUUCGAGCUUCUAUCGCGAGCAACCACUUUUAUCCAACAGAUUUUGUUUGGCGAUUACGGAAGCAUUUAUCACAUUGUUAUGUAUAGCCAGCUAGCUAGUCACAGCUCUACAUUUAGCUAGCUAUAUCGGGCCUUAUGCCAUAUGUUUGUCUGAAGAAGCAGGAAUAACAUGGUGACCAAAGCGGCUCCGCGCGUAUGUUGAUUUUGUCUAUCCACACCAGAAGCGUUCAUGACACGUAGGUUAAAAUACCUAAACCAACUGUGAACCAACUAUAUUAAUUUGGGGACAGGUCGAACAUUCAUGGAUAUUUAGCUAGCUUACUGUUGCUAGUUCAUUUGUCCUGGGAGAUAAACACUGGGUUGUUAUUUUACCUGAAAUGCAUAUGAUAUGGUACUUUUUUUUUUGCUGGAUCUUUGUAGAAUUUUGACCCAUUUUGAGUCACACAAUCGUGUGUUCUUUACUCCGACAAUUAAUCCACAGAUAUAAAAGGGGAAACCUAGUUCGUUUUCUUUGAUUAAUCACUCCUUUUUCAUUCUUCUUUCGAUUUUAUAUGGCGGUUGGCAACCAACUUUAAAGUGCAUCACCACCACCAACUGGACUGGAGUGUGGACCUUGUUAAUCUUUCAAUGAUACAUUUACAUGCACACUAAUAAUUCGAUAGUAAACUGAUUAUGGCAGAUUAUGCAAUAGUCAUGUAAACACCUUACUCUGCUUAUCUUAAUCAGUUUAAGGUCAAAAUCGAAGUAAACAUACGCCGAUUAAAACACCAGUUUUUUUUUAACAAUCUUUCGAAUUAUUAGGACAUGUAAACGCCUUAAUCGGGGCGUUCCAGCGGUGCAUUUGACCUGCGCAUGUGUGCACCAGCCGAGCCAGCCUCCCUCUUUACUGUGAGUUCGGAAGAACUGAAUGUAUGCGUAGUAAAAAUAGUUUUCACAUACAAACUUUACAUGUCCGAACUCCGAAUCAAACAUGCUUCCCAAAAAUAACAUGUUCGCUGUGGUAGAAUGUUUAUUUUGAUUGACGAUUUUCUGCGUUUAACAGAGUGCCAUCAGGUAGCCUGAUUUUCAGGUGUGUCCAUGUAAACAGGAUUAUUAGGGGAAUUGUCCUUCUUGCAAUGCAUGUAAACGUUUUAAUCGAACUAUUAUAUUAAUCUGACUAUUCACAAUAAUUGCAUUAUUGUGUGCAUGUAACCGUACUCAAUCACCCAAGGUGGUUAGUAUGCUCGUAAAAACCAAUGAGUAGAUGUGGAGAGGUGGGACUUGCACCAAGUUCUAUUUUAGUGCCUGGCUAUGCAGAUGCCCAGGAGCAGUUUGGAUGAAACGAUUGAAUAACAUGUGUGUACAUUUAUUUUUGCAACACUCAUACACGCAACGCGGGCGGUUUGGUCAGCAUGUAAUAAAGCCAUUAAUGACCUGAAAAGCCUACACCUUAGUUGUCUGGCCUCUUCAACCAAUACUACAGCUGCAUCAAUAACAUUGUACAAAUUGCAAUUUGUAACAUAUUGUCCUAAUUAAUAUUCGUAACAUAUUGUACGAAUUGUAAAUCCUAACGGGAAGUGUAGUUUUGUCGGGUAGAAGCGCCCAUAGCUGAAUGUUUUCUUAACUCUAUUUCUUGAACUGCAUUGUUGGUUAAGAACUUGUAAGUAAGCAUGUGACAAAUACAAGUUGAUUUGAUCUGUGCAAAACUGCAACAGUUAGGAUCUUUUUUUUAUAUGAAGGAUUAUUUGUCGCUGAUGAAAGAUAAGGGCCAUAUGUUUCGAAAGCCGUAUCGCAAGCAAUUAUUAUUGACGCUUCUAAACGUUAAAACUCAUGGUCGGGAUUGUAGUUCGCAUGAGCCAGUCGUGGGCAAAAACUGUAGGGAGAAGGCAAAAUGCUGCCUAGAGUUUUCGAGAGCUACGUUAAUGCUGCAGUGUGUCAUGUCAACAGAAAUUGUUCUUCUGUUGUGUUCGCUAACUACUAUAAACACAAUAUAUUAUUUAUUACAUCAAUGAUUGUCUAGUUACCCUUAAUUUAGCCAGUUAUUAGAUAUGCCUAUCUAACUAGCUUAGGCAGCUGAUUGUGCAGAUCUAGAGCCCAUGCACUAUCGUCUAGGCCUUCUCGCCAUUAGAGGUAGUUAAUGAGGAAAAUGAUGCCUUUGCAGCUGAAUGGAGGAUGCUUUAUGUACUAGCCGUCCCGAGUGUAUUACCGGGAAUGCACAUCAAGCCUAGACAAUAGUGCAUGGGCGCUAGUUGUGCACAAUCGUCUACCCAGGCUACUAUCUAACCAGUUUAUUAAAUGUGUAUAUAUAUAGCUAUUUCAGGACGACAAGACCUUAUCACGUCAUGGUAGUGUUUGGAUCUCAGGUGCUGAUUGCUGUGACUAGAUCAAGGUGAGAUGAGAUAAAACAUAGUGGAUAUGUGCAGACUAGAGCCAUAUAUUUAUUUAUAUAUAUUUAUAGAUAAAUAUAUGGCUGUGGAUGUGUAUUACUCCACUAUAUUUUAUUGUAUUAUAUUAGCUAUGACAGGAAACAUUAUAUACAAUGUUGUAUGUUAUAAAAUGCCUUUAUAUUUUGCAGGGCUCUACAGUGUGACCAUUUUACUCAUAUAUUAGCCUAAAUACUUUGCUGUGCGACCUGGAAUUUCUAUUUAGGAGCACCAGUGCGCCUAGAAAAAUGAAGGAUUUUAACUUUAUUAUCUCAAAUAUUUUUCAUUGUGCUCCUAACUUUCUUAGGUGCACUCGUGCUUCUUGUAAAAAAAAAUGUCAGUGUAGAGCCCUGUUUUGGUUAAUGUCUACCUCUUAUCGGUUUUGCAUGUUUAAUUAAAAAAUAAAUUUAAUUCAUUAGUAUAUUUGGAUACAUUUGUAUUUACAAUGUCAAUGUGACAAUAUUGGCCUAACAAUUGACAUGUUUUUUUAGGGGAUCCUAUUUAUUAUCCAAAAGGCCCAACUGCGCCGCUCUCCCAUCCACGGCAUGCAUUCGCUACCUAUCAGAUGUCUCUAACCAGACUGCCCUACCAUCACACGGACCCAGGCCCAUUUUACACAGAUGUACGGCGAACUACCUGCGGCGCCAUGGCUGCGUUCCAGUUCGCUUUCUUCACAAGUCCUGCGCUAGGCUCCAGGAAGUAAAGGCCUCUCCAGCCGAAACUCCCCCGUCCCCAGCAGAGACUAGAGUCCCAGUCCCCACUGCCGCAGCCCCGCAGGCUGCCCCUACUCCAAACAACUCCCCAGACAGAGUGGUAGCGCCUAAGUCAAUUGGGCAGAGAGUAGUGGACGAGCUAAAGCACUACUAUCAUGGAUUUCGGUUGCUUGGGAUCGACACGAACAUCGCAGGGAGGAUGGGGUGGAGGUUACUACACGGCCAACAGCUCACGAGGAGAGAGCGCAGAAGGGUAAGGCAAAACUUAAUCCACAGGUACCUUCUAUGCACACCUCUGUAUUGAUACUCAAGGAAAGGAUAGAGGUUAGAGAAUUGAGUGGAGUGAUUCUCUGGCUGUCAGCCUGUUGCCUGCUGAUUUGCUAUUAGCCCUAGCAUUGCAGUCAUGUAACUGUUGCCAAUUUGCUGUAGAAAGCUGCUGAGCAACUACCGGUAUGUCACCUAUGGGCGAUUCUUUUUUUUUUUUUUUUGUAUCACAGAUUUGUUCAGGCAAUUCUAACAUAGAUACUUAAUUGGGAGGAAGAAUGUUUAACAUUCUUUUUACAUUUGUAUGACAAAAUGUUUUUAUUCAAAAUCAUGAUGAAAGUGGCCCUUUCAGGCCCUUUUUUAGACCUAUACAUGCCUCCUGUAAGACCCUAUGAUCCGUGAACCAUACAUGGUACAGACAACAUCUGGGUGUCAUUAAACUCCUUAUAGUGUGCUUUAAAAUAUGGAGUAUGUCUAUAUUCUGAAAUAAACAUUUUCACAUUAAUUUAUUCAUAUCUCAUAUAAAAAAGUAACCUUUUUGAUUUAGCAUUUAUUUUUAAAUUGUUUGGAACAAUAUACUCUUCAUCCAGCACAUCACAUUUCCAGAGUGGAUGGCCUCCCGAGUGGCGCAGCGGUCUAAGGCACUGCAUCGCAGUGCUAUAGGCGUCACUACAGAUCCGGGUUAGAUGCCAGGCUGUGUCGCGACCGGGAGACCCAUGAGGCAGCGCACAAUUGGCUCAGCGUCGUCCGGGUUAGGGGAGGGUUUGGCCUGCUGGGAUGUCCUUGUCCCAUCGCGCUCUAGCAACUCCUUAUGGCGGCCGGGCGCAUGCACAGUUGCCAGCUGUACAGUGUUUCCUCCGACACAUUGAUGCGGCUGGCUUCCGGGUUAAGCGAGCAGAGUGUCAAGAAGCAGUGUGGCUUGGCGGGGUCAUUUUUCGGAGGACACAUGGCUCUCGACCUUCGCCUCUCCCGAGUCCGUACGGGAGUUGCAGCGAUGGGACAAGACUGUAAAUACCAAUUGGAUAUCACAAAAAUUGGGGAGAAAAAAAGGGUAAAAAGUACAAAAAAAAAUUAAUACAGAGUGGGCUCUCUGCUACUUUUGAAGAAAUUAUAAAUGUUAUACAUAAAAAUUGACAUCAUAGGACAUUAACCAAUCACAGCCCUCCUGUAGGAUUGCACAUUCAACAAAUCCCCAGCAGAGGAAGUUCCCUUUGAAUCCAUUUUCUCAUUCACUGUGUUGGUGGUGCUGAUAAAAUUGAUCAUAACUUUAAAAGUAGCAGCGAGCCCACUCUGGAAAUGUGAUGUACUUGUAGAGUAUAUUGUUUAAAACAAUAUGUCUAAAAAUGAACACAAUCUAAAAGGGUACUUUUGAGAUACAAAAAUAGUUUAGGGCAAUGCUGGAAUGGAAUUGCCCCUAUGUGACCUCCAUUGACCGACCGUGUGAAUUGAGUGACAAACACCUGGGUAUUUGUUAACAAUGUGUUGUCAGCACUUUCCGUAAUGAAGAAAUUGGGAUGGGUGGGUGCAUUAUAAAACAUGCAUUUAGCGCUUAAUCUUUUCCUUCUCCUGUACAGCGAAACUCAGCACUUUCCUGUUGCUAAAUGAGAGAUUUCAACUGGUGGUCGUAGAUCUCUCAUAAAAAUUUGAUAGCACUUUUAGUAGCGCACUACCGUGAUAGAAAUAAAAUGACUAUACAAUAUGUAGGCCAGACCCAUAUACAGUACAUUCGGAAAGUAUUCAGACCCCUUGACUUUUUCCACAUUUGUUAUGUUACAGCCUUAUUGUAAAAUUGAUGAAAUUAUUUUUUUUCCCCUCAUCAAUCUACAGACAAUACCCUAUAAUGACAAAGCGAAUGUUUUUUUGUUGCAAAUGUAUUACAAAUAAAACACAGAAAUACCUUAUUUACAUAAGUAUUCAGACCCUUUGCUAUGAGACUCAAAAUUGAGCUCAGGUGCAUCCUGUUUCCAUUGAUCAUCCUUGAGAUGUUUCUGCACCUUGAUUGGAGUCCGCCUGUGGUACAUUUAAUUGAUUGGACAUGAUUUGGAAAGGCACACACCUGUCUAUAUAAGGUCCCACAGUUGACAGUGCAUGUCAGAGCAAAAACCAAGCCAUGAGGUCGAAGGAAUUGUCUGUAGAGCUCCGAGACUGCAUUGCGUCGAGGCACAGCUUUGGGGAAGGGUAACAAAAAAUGUCGGCAGCAUUGAAGGUCCCCAAGAACACAGUGGCCUCCAUCAUUCUUAAAUGGAAUAAGUUUGGAACCACCAAGACUCUUCCUAGAGCUGGCUGCCCGGCCAAACUGAGCAAUCGGGGGAGAAGGGCCUUGGUCAGGGAGGUGACCAAGAACCCGAUGGUCACUCUGACAGAGCUCCAGAGUUCCUCUGUGGAGAUGGGAGAACCUUCCAGAAGGACAACCAUCUCUGCAACACUCCACCAAUCAGGCCUUUAUGGUAGAGUGGCCAGACGGAAGCCUCUCCUCAGUAAAAGGCACGACAGCUCGCUUGGAGUUUGCCAAAAUGCACCUAAAGACUCUGACCAUGACGAACAAGAUUCUCUGGUCUGAUGAAACCAAAAUUGAACUCUUUGGCCUGAAUGCCAAGCGUCACGUCUGGAGGAAACCUGGCACCAUCCCUACGAUGAAGCAUGGUGGUGGCAUCAUUGUGCUGUGGGGAUGUUUUUCAGCGGCAGGGACUGGGAGGCUAGUCAGGAUCGAGGGAAAGAUGAACGGAGCAAAGUACAGAGAGAUCUUUGAUGAAAACCUGCUCCAGAGCGCUCAGGACCUCAGACGGGAGUGAAGGUUCACCUUACAACAGAUCAACAAUCCUAAGCACACAGCCAAGACAAUGCAGGAGUGGCUUCGGGCAAGUCUCUGAAUGUCCUUGAGUGGCCUACCCAGAGCCUGGACUUGAACCCGAACUAACAUCUCUGAAGAGACCUGAAAAUAGCUGUGCAGCGACGCACCCCAUCCAUCCUGACAGAGCUUGCCAAUGGUGCUUCAACAAAGUACUGAGUAAAAGGUCUGAAUACUUAUAUAAAUGUGAUAUUUCAGUUUUAUUUAUUUAUAUAAAUUUGCAAACAUUUCUAAACCUGUUUUGGCUUUGUCAUUAUGGGGUAUUGUGUGUAGAUUGAGGGGGGGAAAAAAACAAUUUUAUCCGUUUUAGAAUAAGGCUGUAACGUAACAAAAUGUGGAAGAAGUCAAGGGGUCUGAAUACUUUCCGAAUGCACUGUACUUAGACUAUAAAUACAUUGCUCUAAUGUAGGCGCUAGGCAUCACUUAAUCUGUUCAAUUCAUAUCUAUCCGCAUAAUCGUUGUGGCCUACAAAGUAAUCCCCAGGAGUACAACUCCAUUCAUAUUAAACAACAGCCUACCCUUUGUUUGAUCAUUGUGACCUACUCCUUCUCAUUUAUCCAACUUAAUUCCAUCAUUGUCAUUUAAUUUAGCAUUGAUUAGAAAUCUCCCACUUCACUUGCUACACAUGGAGCCUCUGACGGUAGUGAUGCUUUGAUUUGACCGACAAUAACAAGCUACUCGCGUGAAAUAUAGGCUACCGGUAUGUCUUUUUUAUGGGGCGCACUCAUAAAAACUGUCCAUAAAACUGUUUUAUAAAAUUGUCUGUCAUAUUCUAUCCUUGUAUGUAGCAAUGUCACAGAUAAUUGUAUUUUAGACAGCUUUUCAUUAGAAUAGGCCUAUUUUUACUUUAUUUUUUUUGUCUAACAAAUGAAUACUCUUGCAAGGAAUAACUGUGCCCAUCCCUAUUUGAGAGGGGUUGGAAUAAAGCAAAAGACAAACAAUGCACCUUCGACUAUAAAGUAAUCUUCUUCCUCUGUUCCCUCCUCCAGUUGAUGAGGACAUGUGCGGACCUGUUCCGGUUGGUCCCCUUCAGCUUGUUCAUCAUCGUGCCCUUCAUGGAGUUACUCCUGCCAGUCUUCCUCAAACUCUUCCCAGAGAUGCUGCCCUCUACUUUUGAGACAGAGUCCAAGAAGGCAAGUGGGGAAGGGGGUCUCCAGAGUAGCCAGCUAACCCAGCUCUGCAUAAUAUUGUAUUGUCAAAUUCUGUGAUAAAUCAAAUAUAUUGGUUUAUGAUAUUGAUACUGCAUAGACUUAUGGUGUCAUUGUUUAGACAGAGGUCAACAGCUGGACUCUCUAGAAGUUCUUUUUAAAAGGGUAGAUAAAAAAUUAAUAAAAAAUCUGUAUCCCUGGACAUUCCGUUCAUGUAUGGAUUGCAUGUGUUUGAUGGACAACAUGUUUCCUGUGUGUCUCUGUCAGGAGGAGAAGCAGAAGAAGGGUCUGGCUGCCAAGCUGGAGCUGGCUAAGUUCCUCCAGGAGACCAUUGGUGAGAUGGCACUGAGGAACAAAGCCAAGGCGGCAGGGAGCGACGAGACCCAGAAGUUCUCUACCUACGUGCAAAAGGUGAGUCAAAGGCCAGGGUUAUGGACUGUUUUCUUCUGUUUCGUGCAUAUGCAUGAACGCGACCUAGGUCCCAAAACAAUUCCUUGCCCCCAGGUACUACUAGACAGGUGUAAGCAAUAUGGUGAUGAAGGUUUUGUUCAGGGUCAAAAGGUCAUUGGCACAACCAUUGCAAGCAUUUCCUCAUACUGUCCUGUUUGCCCUCUUCAGAUGCGCCACGCAGGAGAGCAGCCCAGCACCAAGGACAUCGUCAAGUUCUCCAAGCUGUUUGAGGACGAGUUGACCCUAGAGCACCUGGAGCGCCCCCAGCUGGUGGCUCUGUGUAAGCUGCUGGAGCUGCAACCCAUAGGAACCAACAACCUGCUGCGCUUCCAGCUCAAGAUGCAGCUCCGCACCAUCAAAGCCGAUGACCAGGUGAAGACAGGAGAGGAGGAGUGUAUUGUCUUCCAAAUCGACCGCUACCCUCUUGGACAUUAAUAUAGACUUGAAAGGAGAUCUGUAAAAUAACUACUAAAUGGAAGCGUAAAAUGUGCUGUUAGUUAUAGCUGUAAAUAAAGUUAGCUGAAAACGUAUUAGUGAAAAAAUGGCUUUGUUUUUACAGUGCAAAUUAGAGCCAUUUGUGUAACUGUAUUUGUUUUACUGACUCUUAUGAAACUGUAUAACUAGGCCAUGUGUCUUUGCCGGAUCACACGAGGGUGUUGGGUGUCGUUGUUCUUUUUCUGCUGGCCAGCCGGAACAUGUUGGCAGAGUACGGUUCUGUAAUAUCUCUGUGUGUGUCUAUAGAUGAUUGCCACAGAAGGCGUGGCAGCCAUGAGUGUGUCAGAGCUGCAGGUGGCGUGUCGUAGCCGGGGAAUGAGGUCGCUGGGGCUGACGACCGAGCAACUCACGCAGCAACUGCAACAGGUACGUCCUCCUCCUCUAACCCUCCAACCUACACUGCCCCUCCCCCACACCUAGCAGGCUGUUAGCAUGUGAAAGGAAUAGCUACCUGCUGAGCUCCUGUCUCACUAGAUUCAAUCCCAGUUUUAACACUCCCUCCAGCUAUUUUUUUUUUUAAACACACAACUGCAUGGGGUUGGUCUGAUGGGUUAUUCAUUGUCACCUUCAAUGACCUAGAUGACAACAACCACAUAAAACAGAUAGAGCUAAAUACACACAAGCUGCAGCAAAUGCAUAACUCAACCAGGGACAACCAUGCACUAGCAAUUAAGGUAACUUCUGUCUCUCUUCUGUCAGUGGUUGGAUCUUCACCUGAAGGAGAAUGUUCCUCCAUCUCUCCUGCUGCUGUCCCGUGCUAUGUACCAUACCGACCUCACGCCCAAGCCUCCUGUCAUCCCCCCCAUCGUCAAACUGGAAGUGGAGGUAAGGGGCUGAAGUUGGCAACUAAAGCAAGGGUCAUGAUCAAUAUAAACGCUUAGGUCAGGGCCAAAAAAGAAAGGGUGAUGGCAUCACCCAUAAGACUGCUACAACAAGUUAGUUUGAAUUUAUAGUGCUCUUAUGUAUUAAAAAAGCUGACAUGAUUCGUAUGUUGCAGGUGCCUCAGUAUAAACUUAGUUUUCAGUUACAGAAAGCAUAUUCUGUUGUUUUCUUGACUACUCCUAUUGUCUGACAAACUGGGAUUAGCAUUAGAAGUGUACUAAAAGGGGGAAAUACACUGCUCAAAAAAAUUAAGGGAACACUAAAAUAAAACAUCCUAGAUCUAAAUGAAUGAAAUCAUCUUAUUAAAUACUUUUUUCUUUACAUAGUUGAAUGUGCUGACAACAAAAUCACACAAAAAUUAUCAAUGGAAAUCAAAUUUAUCAACCCAUGGAGGUCUGGAUUUGGAGUCACCCUCAAAAUUAAAGUGGAAAACCACACUACAGGCUGAUCCAACUUUGAUGUAAGAUCCUUUAAAACAAGUCAAAAUGAGGCUCAGUAGUGUGUGUGGCCUCCACGUGCCUGUAUGACCUCCCUACAACGCCUGGGCAUGCUCCUGAUGAGGUGGCGGAUGGUCUCCUGAGGGAUCUCCUCCCAGACCUGGACUAAAGCAUCCGCCAACUCCUGGACAGUCUGUGGUGCAACGUGGCGUUGGUGGAUGGAGCGAGACAUGAUGUCCCAGAUGUGCUCAAUUGGAUUCAGGUCUGGGGAACGGGCGGGCCAGUCCAUAGCAUCAAUGCCUUCCUCUUGCAGGAACUGCUGACACACUCCAGCCACAUGAGGUCUAGCAUUGUCUUGCAUUAGGAGGAACCCAGGGCCAACUGCACCAGCAUAUGGUCUCACAAGGGGUCUGAAGAUCUCAUCUCGGUACCUAAUGGCAGUCAGGCUACCUCUGGCGAGCACAUGGAGGGCUGUGCGGCCCCCCAAAGAAAUGCCACCCCACACCAUGACUGACCCACCGCCAAACCGGUCAUGCUGGAGGAUGUUGCAGGCAGCAGAACGUUCUCCACGGCGUCUCCAGACUAUAACGUCUGUCACAUGUGCUCAGUGUGAACCUGCUUUCAUCUGUGAAGAGCACAGGGCGCCAGUGGCGAAUUUGCCAAUCUUGGUGUUCUCUGGCAAAUGCCAAACGUCCUUCACGGUGUUGGGCUGUAAGCACAACCCCCACCUGUGGACGUCGGGCCCUCAUUACACCCUCAUGGAGUCUGUUUCUGACCGUUUGAGCAGACACAUGCACAUUUGUGGCCUGCUGGAGGUCAUUUUGCAGGGCUCUGGCAGUGCUCCUCCUGCUCCUCCUUGCACAAAGGCGGAGGUAGCAGUCCUGCUGUUGGGUUGUUGCCCUCCUACGGCCUCCUCCACGUCUCCUGAUGUACUGGCCUGUCUCCUGGUAGCGCCUCCAUGCUCUGGACACUACGCUGACAGACACAGCAAACCUUCUUGCCACAGCUCGCAUUGAUGUGCCAUCCUGGAUGAGCUGCACUACCUGAGCUACUUGUGUGGGUUGUAGACUCCGUCUCAUGCUACCACUAGAUUGAAAGCACCGCCAGCAUUCAAAAGUGACCAAAACAUCAGCCAGGAAGCAUAGGAACUGAGAAGUGGUCUGUGGUCACCACCUGCAAAACCAGUCCUUUAUUGGGGGUGUCUUGCUAAUUGCCUAUAAUUUCCACCUGUUGUCUAUUCCAUUUGCACAACAGCAUGUGAAAUGUAUUGUCAAUCAGUGUUGCUUCCUAAGUGGACAGUUUGAUUUCACAGAAGUGUGAUUGACUUGGAGUUACAUUGUGUUGUUUAAGUGUUCCCUUUAUUUUUUUGAGCAGUGUAGUACUGGAAGGUUUUAUAAUGGUACUUUUAGGCACACUGUGCCCUGAAACAUGUGACUCCUUAGAGAGAAUGUUUCACCUGAGGAGAAAUGGCAAGUCAUGUUGCUGACAUGGCGGAACUUUACAGUAAAAAUAAUAUUCUGUUUAUGUGUUCUGUAAGUGCUCUCAACAACCUUCCUAGAUAAGAAUGCCUGAGAGUAGACAGUUGCUAAGUAACCUGCCACAAUAAGAUCGAUGGCAAAGUGUUCUAGUGGGUUGAGCUAUCGUUAUGUAAUGGCUAAAUUCCCGGGCUCAACUGUAUUUUGCAUCAUCCACUCCCUCUAUCUGCUAACUCCAAAAUUACCUAAUAAUGCCCAAAUCACAACAGUUGACUGAGCAACUGAACCAAAGAAUAGGCUAAAUUCAACAUUGAAUUGAUCCCCUCUUCUUGUUCUCCCCAGCAGCAAGUCGCCGCCCCCUCUCCUGCAGAGAUCGAAGCCCCUGUCAAAGACAAGCCCAUGUCUGCGUCACUAGAAGAGCUGGUGGACUCUGCCCCCAUUAUAAUGGACAGAAAGGUACAGUUUUGUACACACUGGACGCGCUUCUAAACUACACGGUCAACGGGGUCCACUUCCAUUCAGUCCAUUUAUCUGUCUUUAUUGAUGGGGAUUGAUUGUUUCUGUUGAUGUAGACACUUCUUCUCCUUCUGUGUAAAACACGAAGAGAACAUCCUAGCAACGUUUGUUUGCGUGGCAAUAACGUUUUCUGAUUUUGAAUUCGGAAAUUAAAUCCCAAAGCAAGAAGUGUAAGCAUACAGACACACUGACCCCCCCCCACACACAAACACACACAUUUCCUUAUUCUUGGAUUGCCUUAUCUUUUCAGGUGGAGAGCGUUUUGGAUAAAGCCGGGAUUGUGGAAUUGGAGAUGCCGUCACCAGAAGCUCAGUUAAUACAUGUACGUUUGAGUGGGAGACAUUUCAUUCCAUGGUUUUGUGUACAAUGUUUUUGGAAAGCGGUACAGGAGCAGAAGGUAGGCAAGUCCAAGGGGCAUUCAGUGGGAUUUGUAAUGGUCCUUUGGUUAGAGUCCACCCUUAUCGAUUGUUGUAUUUCACAAAGCUGCAUCAAUAUGUUAGUCACUCUUUUUGGAGGUAUUGACUCUGUUAUAUACCAUGCCAUUUCAAGUUGAAAUGUUCUGCUGUUCUCACUGAUCAUUUUCAUUAAUGAUAUCUAGUCAACCUAUUGGUUCUUGAAGAAUAUAACAUACUUGGCUUAGCUCUUUGCUCAUAUUAUCUAUCCUCCAUUUUCAGGCAAAAGGUGCUGAGUUGGCUGCCAAGAUGGCUGCCAAGGGGAUGUGAAGGCCUCCCCACACUACUGGGUCCAACACUCACCAGCUGCGUAGACUGCUGAAGGAAGCUACAAUCCCAAGCCCCAUUCCCUCUUUCACUCCUGGUUUAGGGAAGCCAUCGUGGCACCCUUUUUAGUCAAGUAAACAGAGGAAAGGAUGAGAUGUAGCUAGACAGUUGGAGGCGGUCGUGGCUUACUAUCUAUCAUCCAAGAGGACUAGUCUGAUCCCAAGAAACGACAACGGAGAAUAAGUGAGAGGGUCACUUUAAAUGUAUUGCUUCCUUCAUCAUCUGAACUGCUCAUUUGCUUCACUCCAUCAGGUGGGAUAUUGCUAAACUGUUGUAAGAUCUGGAUCAAAUAUCAGUCUUUUUUUGCUCUGGAACAGAACAUCAUGUUCUGUGAUUUGAACUACGGUAAACGUGUCACUGUAACAGUAGCACAUAUCAUGUUUAAUAGAAUCAUCAGUCUCAUCAUUUAUGCUAGCAAAACUGUAUCCUGUACAUUUGUAAAUACGUUGAAUGUAUGAUAUUGUAUACUUGCCCCUGCUUUGUGUAGUCCACUGGGCCAUACUCUAAGCUUAGUCUAAGGAGCGUCAAUCCUACUACAGAUUUAUUAAGACAAAAUUAUGGGACGUUCCUGUUAUUAGUUGGUGAACACAUUGUUAAAGGUAAGCUUGAGGUCAUUAGAAUUUCCCUCAUACAGGGGAAUGUAAUGUUCACUCCUCUGGGAUAUUUUUGUUAGCCUGCUAGCUGCUACUACGUUUCCAGGUUACUACGUACGCCAGGUCUGCGUAUUGGCUGAACCUGCAGUCUAAAUCAAAAUGUGUUUUAUAUGUUGGGUUUGCUUUAUUUAAAGGGGUAACAUGGUAUGCUGUGUACCCAUGUAGAUGCAUACCUUAAAAAAUCAUGGUGCCCAUAAUAUAAAAAAAGAACUUCCUUUUUUUUUAUACAUAUACAAAUCUGAACAAGUGUACUUUCAUUUUUUUAUAUGUAAAAUAUUAAUAAGUUACUAUAAAAACAACCCAUUUAUUUGAUUAACCUUUACGCAAUUCGAUUCCAAGCUUGUAAAUUGCCUAAAACAUGUGGGACUCAAGUUUAGUUGAUACAUUUUAAUUUGGGGAGAACCACUUGUCCAAUUGCUCUUUAGGUGGAGAUGUGUAUAAUUUAUUUGAAAUUGGUCAGAAGUAAAAAAAAAUAUUUCACAUACCUGUUAUUACAAUUAUUUUCCCUAUGAAAAAUAAUCAACGCCCUUCUAAUUCGAAGGCCACCAACUCAAGUUACAAGUCAUCUAUGCUAGUUAGUUUUAACUAAUUUGAAUUGGACAUUUUUCAAUGUCUUUCCCCAAGGGCUCAAAAACAGACCUUUGUCAAACAGUUUAUAUAUUCUUGCUUUCUUUUUGGUGUUUAGUUUUUGUCAUUUUCAGCCUAUAAGGCAAUAGGUGCUCGUUCCAUUUAACUCAAUACCUCGGGAACUCAACUGUAGACUUCCAGAAAGUUUUAACUUGUGAUCUUCCACCUCAAGUGAAUUACAGUGAAAUGGAGCAAUCUUCAGUUUUCGGAUCAAUAAGAAUCCUACAUGCCUCCAGAAAAAUGGAAGACGUUUAAUUUCAAUUUUAAAGGUGCCAUUUCAGUCAACAAACCUAUGUCCUACUUUAUUGUGUCUUAAAGGAAGCAUCUUGACGCUGUUACUCAACUGAUCCAGUUAGCAAUCUCAGACAUAACAUAAUGACCACAUCUUCUUAACUAGAUUUGCACUGAAUUGCCUUUGUAAAUUGUGGAUCUUUGGCUGGAGAACACCUUUCUUGCAAUUUCUUAGAUGGUGGUUUUAGAACUAAUAUCGGGGGUGUAGAAUGUCUAGAGACUACGUAGCAGAAUUCCUAUUUUUUGUAAUUGACAUACAGUACCAGUCAAAAGUUUGGACA